GUUGACAGCAAGUUCGGCGGAAACAGUUGCCAGUUUGAUUUCAAGGGUGCAGACAAUGUGCGGCGACGUCGGUGACAAACCAAACUUCCGAUUGUGCUUGGCCAAAGGAGAUAGCAUGACCGUCCUGGAUGAGUCCAACUCUUUGGCCUCGUCUGGUGUCCUGGACGGAGCAACGCUGCUUGCCAGACGAACUCACCAUGUCGCACGUGUGACGCUUGAGAAGAAGAGCGAAGCUACAAGCCCAAUGUUCUGGCGAUGA